CACCAAUCCAUAAGCAGCUUCCAGAGUCUUUCCUCGGAGAAAAGGCCGGCCUUCCCUCUCGAGUUUCUGUGAGCAGAAGACUGUAUUGAGAAUAUUUCUGUAGUAGAUUUCUUUUACUGAACUAUGGCAGCCAAAGGCGUGGGAAGGACCAGAGGCACAAUCCAUGAUUUUCCAGAUUUUGAUGCCAAUCAAGAUGCUGAGACACUUCACAAGGCCAUGAAGGGAUUUGGAACUGAUGAAGAUGUCAUAUUGGACCUACUGACACAGAGAAGUAAUGCCCAGCGGCAGCAAAUUAUUCGUGGCUAUAAAACUGUGGUUGGGAAGGACCUGGUUGAUGAUCUGAAGUCUGAACUAUCAGGGAAGUUUGAGUCACUGAUUGUUGCUCUCAUGCUCCCUCCCGAUCACUAUGAUGCCAAGGAAUUGCAUGAUGCCUUGAAGGGUGCUGGGACAUCUGAGGAUGUCCUGAUUGAAAUCUUAGCAUCUCGCAGAAAUGCACAAAUUCGGCAGAUUGUGGCAGCUUAUAAAGAAGACUUUGAAUCAGAUUUGGAGGAGGAUAUCACCUCUGACACAUCAGGCUACUUUCAACGAGUUCUGGUUUCCCUAGUUCAGGGUAACAGAGAUGACGCUGAAGCUGAUCGAUCUCAAGCAGAAGAGGAUGCAAAGGCUCUUUAUGAAGCUGGCGAAAAUGCCUGGGGUACAGAUGAAGAAAAGUUCAUUGCCAUUCUCUGUUCCAGGAGCAUCCCUCAUUUGUUAGCAGUAUUUGAUGAGUACCGGAAGAUAAAUGACAUUGAUCUUGAAGACAGCAUUGCAAGUGAAUGUUCAGGAAAUCUCCAAAGUGUUAUGUUGGCCAUUGUCAAAUGCGUGAAGAACAUACCAGCCUAUUUUGCAGAGAAACUUUACAAUGCUAUGAAGGGGGCUGGCACAGAUGACAAUACCUUGAUGAGAAUUAUGGUGUCUCGCUCUGAAAUUGAUCUGGUGGAUAUCAAAGCUGCUUACAAAGCCAACUAUAAUGAGUCUCUCCACUCUACAAUUGUGGGAGAUACAAGUGGAGACUAUAAAGAUGCUCUUGUGAAGAUCUGUGCUGGAGAUGACUGAAGAUUUCCUUGCAGCUAGAGAAUGGACCACACAUUUUGACUAUCGAAUGUUUGGUGGUCAUAUCUUUCUAUAUAGCUUAAGCAACAAUCUUGCUUUGCAUAACUACAAUAUUAGAUAUUUCCAGUAAACAAGACCAGGCUCUCAAUUACAAUACUGAGGAUGGUUUUGCAUGCAUUUGUAAAAUCUUAAAGCACAUAUUUAAAUUGUUCACAAAGAUUCAGAUAAUGUUUCCACCCCCACUAAUUCAUUUUGAUAGAAUUGUUUUGUGUAACUUGUAUUUUCCACAACCAGUACCAGCUUUACAAAACAUACCUUGAAACCAUGCUUGUUCAGAUAAUAAAUUUAAAUUAUGAAUUGAUGCAUCUCCAAAUGAAAUUUGAUUUUAUUACAAAUGCUACUGACCAUAUUAAGUGGAUUAUGUUCAUAGAUGCCAUUUGGUUUGGCAAUGAUUCAUGAGGCAACCUUGGCUUCAUAUAUUCUCUUCUACACUACCCUUGUCCUACAUCGGUGAUUUACAGAAUAUAAUCAAUAACACUACAAUGCAUCUAACAUGAAAUGGCUUCAAUCCUCACUGCAUUUUGCUCAACAUAGACUUCAGCAGAAGACAUUGUCAAUACAGAAUUGAUAGCAAUGUGGGCCUCUGCUUGCUAAACCUCAAGCCACUCAUGGAGAUGUAAUGACAAUUGAGUCUGCCAAUUUUCUAAAAUCCAAACUGGUGGUAAAAUGAUUCCAGUGUAGAUUUCUUGCUCUGCCAAAGGAGACUGCACAUGGGGAGCAAUUUUUAUUACCAAGAAUAUCAAGGAAUUCCAUAUAGCUGAGCUGUCCCCCAGCUUUUUGGGGCUGGAAGCCAGUUUGAACCCAACAAUUGGAACCCAUCUGGUUUAAUUCUCCACUGAAGUAAUGAGCAAGAUUUUAAUUUAAAACAUUCCACCUUUUCUUGCAGAGUGAGUUUAAAAUUACUCUUUCCAUUCCUUGAACAUUUCUAGGGCAAAAUAUUAAAAGUAGAUUGGUAUUUAAAACAUAGUAUUUAUUAUAUAAGAGGCUUGUACAUUUUCAUGUCCACUGAGCCCUAGUCACUGCUACAAUGCAGAACAUCCUGAUGGAAUAAUUUGACUCCUGGUUAUGGGUUUAAUUAAUGGUAAUGGAGAAACUGGAAGUAACAUACUAAAGAUUAAGGUAACAAUUUUGAGAAUACUUCUGUGGCAAUUGGUGGUUUCAUUUUUGUAUGUUGCUUUUAAUUUCUCCCAGAUGGUUAAGUGUGAUUUGGUUGUAUUGCACAUUGUCAGAAAGUAGUUAUUCUGUGACUCUAAAAUAUGCUAAUCAAUCCCUUUUUAAUGUUACUAUCAAAGAAAAAUAAAGAAUUCCACCCUGGAGUUAACACUCA